GGGGGAUGCUCUGCUUGUGAGAGCGGCGCCAGUGUACCCUCGUCGGGAGACCGAGGGGCGGCGUGCUGAAGACGCGCGGCAGCCUUCGGCCGGACCGGCCCGCGCGCCGCCUGCGGUUUCCCCGGGGAACGUGGAGGCCCGCGCGCCUGCCCCGCGCAGCAAGCGACGCGUCUCUGGAGGCGCGUUUCCUGCUGCGAUCGGCCGCCGCGCCGCCGCCGGUCGCGUCCGCGGCUUCCCCCUCAUUGACCCCUGGGCCGCUUCGCGAGUCGGUCUUGUAAAUGUUUAGCAUUUUGCUGCUCUGCUGCUUCUUUCUGGGGACGGUGCCAGCGCUUGCCGAGAAGGGCGGGGAGAGGCGCCUGAGUCCGGAGAUGAGCCAAGUAUGGGGACCCGGGCUGAAGGCGGCUGUCGUCCUUCCCGCUCGCUAUUUCUAUAUUCAGGCGGUGGAUGCUUCAGGAAAUAAGUUCACAUCGUCUCCAGGUGAAAAGGUGUUCCAGAUUAAAAUCUCAGCCCCAGAAGAGCAAUUCACUAGAGUUGGAGUCCAGGUUUUAGACCGAAAGGAUGGGUCCUUCAUAGUAAGAUACAGAAUGUAUGCAAGCUACAAAAAUCUGAAGGUAGAAGUGAAAUUCCAAGGUCAACACGUUGCCAAAUCCCCAUAUAUUUUAAAAGGGCCAGUUUACCAUGAAAACUGUGAUUGUCCUUUGGAAGAUAGUGCAGCCUGGUUACAGGAGAUGAACUGCCCAGAAACCAUUACUCAGAUUCAGAGAGAUUUGGCGCAUUUCCCUACUGUCGAUCCAGAAAAGAUUGCAGCAGAAAUCCCAAAAAGAUUUGGACAAAGACAAAGCUUGUGUCAUUAUACCUUGAAGGAUAACAAGGUUUACAUCAAGACUCAUGGUGAACAUGUGGGUUUCAGAAUUUUCAUGGAUGCCAUACUACUUUCUUUGACUAGAAAAGUGAAGAUGCCCGAUGUGGAGUUUUUUGUUAAUUUGGGAGACUGGCCUUUGGAAAAAAAGAAAUCCAGCUCGCACAUCCAUCCAAUCUUUUCCUGGUGUGGCUCCACGGAUUCCAAGGAUAUCGUGAUGCCUACCUACGACUUGACUGACUCUGUUCUAGAAACCAUGGGCCGAGUCAGUCUGGAUAUGAUGUCUGUACAAGGUAACACGGGUCCCCCCUGGGAAAGCAAGAACUCCACCGCUGUCUGGAGAGGGCGAGACAGCCGCAAGGAGAGACUGGAACUGGUUAAGCUCAGCAGGAAACACCCAGAACUUAUAGACGCUGCCUUCACCAACUUCUUCUUCUUUAAACAUGAUGAAAGCCUGUAUGGUCCUAUCGUGAAACACAUUUCAUUUUUUGAUUUCUUCAAGCAUAAGUACCAAAUAAACGUCGACGGCACUGUCGCAGCGUAUCGCCUGCCGUACCUCCUCUUUGGUGACAGCGUUGUGCUAAAGCAGGACUCCAUCUACUACGAGCACUUUUACAAUGAGCUGCAACCUUGGAAGCACUACAUCCCAGUGAAAAGCAACCUGAGUGACCUCCUGGAAAAACUUAAGUGGGCAAAAGAUCAUGACGAAGAGGCAAAGAAGAUAGCAAAAGCAGGACAGGAAUUUGCAAGAAAUAAUCUCAUGGGUGAUGACAUAUUCUGUUAUUAUUUUAAACUUUUCCAGGAAUAUGCCAGUUUGCAAGUGAGUGAGCCCCAAAUCCGAGAGGGCAUGAAACGGGUGGAAGCAGAGACUGAAGACGACCUCUUUCCUUGCACAUGCCAUAGGACACAGACCAAAGAUGAACUCUGAUAUGCAAAAUACCUUCCUUCAAAUAAUGGUGCUCUGAAGACUCUUUUUAACUGAAAUAGAAGAGUGUUUUUUUAAAUAUUCUGUGGACUACAUAAAAUAUGCUAUGUGAUUGUCUGGAUUAUGAACAUAUGUUUCUUCUUAUUAUGCAGUAUUCCCUUGGCCAUCCUCUAAAGCACAGUUUUAGAAUUUUAUAAUAAAACCACUUGUAUUUUAAAGA